ACCUACUGAAAACAUUUCCCAAAUCCUGGAAUUCCACAUCCGGUGUUGCUUCAGUCGCACCAAGAUUUUACACUUCGGAUCUGUUUUUUCUUUCUGGACAAAAAGACCAACAUGGCCGGCCUCCACUGGAUGGUUGUGAUACUCGCUGUCUUCCUGUCUGCUGAAAACAGUUUGUCUAUCGACCCAGACAGGCUUUCAGGCUAUGUAAGAGGCAUCAAAGGACAAUACGGAGUACAAGGCAUGUUCAGUGUGGCUGUGAGGAUCCCCGAGAACCAGAACCAGAACCAGAAUGCAAUUCUUCGGCAGGUCUAUAGCAGUGAUCCUGGUACCAAUGUGAAGAAUACGAUGAACAAUAACCAGGUGUACGCCGGCAGCAGGGUGGUUGCAGCCAAAGUUCUGAAACAGCCCAAUAGAGGAACUGAUCACGCAGAGUCACGUGUUGUGGACAACUUGAACUACUUGUUCAGUAACGAUGGCUGGAAUGAUUUGUUGCUUUUCUAUGUUUAUUCCUCCCCAUGUGUUGAAAAAUGCUCAAGCGACACCCAUCGUGAGAGCAUUCUCCGAAGGAUAAAUGUCAUCAAUCGAUGGAAUAAUCGUGCUGUUGUGUUUUCUACAAUAUUCAAACCUCGCGUUGGUCCGGGCAACACUGAUGAUGAACGGCGUGCAGCCCUUCUGCGGCUCGGAGCUGUGGUCGGCCUGGGCAACAUAUUCCGUUGUGAUGGGAAUCAGUGCACCAGCUGCUCCGUUAGCGGACAGGUUGCACAUUAUUGUGUUUCCGAUGAGUGAAGUUCCACUUCAGGUUGAGGGGCUCGGUUCAAAGCUUUUAGGACUGCUGUGAUUCAGGUCAGAAAGAUCUGCAGGGACAUGAAGAAUAUAAACAUUCAAGCGCUGCUGCGUUGACCUUUUCACAGCAGCCGUUUUGUCAUGAAACAGUUGGGUAAACACAGGUGUUACCAAUGAUACUGGUUAAGGUUCAGUUUCAUUUAAUGUUGCAGGGCCUUUCCAGUGGGCCAAGACUCAAAAUAGCAGCACCCUGACUCUGGUUGACCUGAACUGAACAGAACCUUAAUUAGUAUAAUUGGUAACACCUGUGUUUACCUGAUGUAAACAUGGCUGCUGUGAGCAAGGUCAAUUAACACUUUUGUAAAAUACCUGCAAAACUAAUGACAUUCCAAUCAGCAGUUCUUUGUGUUCAGCGCUAAUAAGCAUAUAUUAGACGAUCCUUUCGUGCGUACCCUCCUGUCCCUGUAGAUCUGUUCGAACCUGCAUGAAUGCACAGCAGUCCCAUGAACCCACUGUGGCCGACAUAAAGACAUUUGUUACGCUUAAAAUGCACUUAUUUCAUUUCAGCUUUGAUAAAAAAAUAUAUGGACAUAUAUAACAGUUAUUCUUUUAACAUUUUCAUUUAUCAUUGUUGAAGGCCUAAAGUGAAUCUUACAUUCUUCAAUUGUAAAAAUGUGUAGCUAUAACACCAAAGUAAAAUCCGUCAUUCAAACUGGCGCCUUUUCCUUUAGCUAUAGAUACCAGAAACUUAUUUAGAAAUUAUUUUUUCCUUUUUUGGCCAAAAAUGGCUCUUACAGAAGUUAAUUUACUUCAGACAAUAAGGGUUGCUAACCCCUGUGCUCUUAAACACAGCCAACACAGUUAAAGGCCUCGUGUGUAAGAUUUAGUGGCAUCUAGGGGGGAGAUUGCAGAUUGCAACUAACUGAAACCCCUUGACUCAAGUGUUAAGGAGAAACUAUGGAGGCCACAGAACCUACUACCAGUGUUUGGUUGUUACACACUGGACCUUUAACUGACUACAAACCCUGAAACAUCUCUUUUACGAAACAGAAGAGCAGGGUUUUAUAAAAUCGUAAGUAUGAUAUCUUCCUUGUUUAUGGACUUGAAGGUUCUCCGUAGUCUGAAAGGUAAACACCCCAAAAAUGAUCUGCAAUUGAUGAGUGGUGUGGAAGACGUGCCAAACUGUACUAAAGUUUACUUUUAUGUUUUGUCAAUGAACCUCGGUAUUUACAGUACUUGUAUACUCUCCUAUAAAGCAUUACCAAAUCAUUUUCAGUUCUUUCUUAUUAAAGCUUGGCUCAGCAUCA